UAGCAUAGCUGCUCUAAAACGAUUCGUUUCAUCAUGUUACGAGAAGAACUACAUUCUCUCCUUUUCCCGCGUUAUCACCUCGCUAAUUUUGGUUACGAAAGAUUCAAAAGGUAAACGAACAAUCAACAAUCAGUUUCAGUCUCCGUGUGCACGAGUUCACUCCAACAAUGUCUGAUUCGAAGAAGCGAUGGACGGUAACAUACACAAAACACGUCAAACAGAAACGCAAAGUCUACCAAGACGGAUUCCUAGUGCUCAACGUUUCCACCGGCAAGUUAUCGCUGUAUGAUGAAUGCGAGAAAUUGUUGGAGUGUAGGAUCUUGAAGAACGAUGAAAUUGUUGAAUCUGGUGAGAGUUUGACGUUCAAUAGUCACCUUGUUGAUAUCGGUAGUCUCGAGGGAGAAAACAAGCCUCAACCUCAUUUGAAUGUUGAUAUAAAACAAAAGAAUGUUUCCAGAUUCAGAACUACUGACGUCAAAAGUAAUGCAAAGGAGACUAUUGAGCGGACACGGAAACCUCUCAGUCCGUCACAAAAAAUUAUCAAAGAAUUUAAGAAUAAGAAGAGAGAAAUUCUUAAGUACGAGUCACCAAAGAUCAGUCAUGAAACACCAAAACCUAGUACAACAGAGUGGCAAGUUCUAUACACCAGUCAAAUGACUCAGAAGGCAAAGAAGUACCAUGAUGGUUUUGUAGAACUUGUUUUUUCCGGAUCUCGAGGGGCACAGGUUAGGCUGUUUGAUGCAAACAGGAAUCUCUUAGAUAGCAGGUUUCUUAAGAAAGAUGACGUAAUUAAACCUGGUGAAUCAGUUGCAUUUGAUACAUAUUUGGUUGACAUUAGUGAGGAUCAAGGAAGUCAUACACCAGAUUCCAUUGUUAAGGGAGGCAAUUGUACUAAUGUACAAAGAAUACAAAAGAUAGACAGACAGCAAACUUCUCUGGACAAUGAUACCCAUGUAACUGUUGGAAAACGUGAAUGGCAUGUCCUAUACACAACACAAUUAACUCAAAAAGCAAAGAAGUUUCAUGAUGGCUUUUUACAACUAGAAUUGUGUGGAUCCCUUGGGCGGCAGGUCAUACUGUAUGAUUUGAGCAAAAGACCUCUAGAACGCAGGUUUCUAAAGAAAGAUGAAGUUAUAAGAGCUGGCGAAUUAUUAUAUUUUGCUGGACAUUUAGUUGAUGUCGGAGAACCUGAAGGUAGUCAUCAAUCUCCGGUGAAGUUGAGUGAACGAGGGACUGGUGGCGAAAAUGUUGUUGAGAAGAGACAACUAAGACAUGGAGAAAAGACCUGUCACAAGCUCUAUCCAUCUACUGCUAAAGAACAACAACCUUCAAGCAGGCCUUGUCUUCGGAAAGAUGCAGGCUUGAACUCUCAUUUUUCAGUGAUAGAAGAGAUAAAAUCAAACAAGACAGUAGUCAAGCCUUCAUGCGAAGGACAACCUUCGAGCAGACCUUCUCUUCGCCAAGAUGCAGGCUUGAGCUCUCAUUUUGCAGUGAUAGAAGAGAUAAAAUCAAACAAGACAGUUCCAGUAGUCAAGCCUUUACACGAUGGACAACCUCCGAGCCGGCCUUGUUUUCGGCAAGAUACAGACUUGAACUCUCAAUUUGCCGGGAUAGAAGCGAUAAAAUCAAACAAGACAGUCCCAGUAGUCAAGCCUUUACGUGAUGUUAAUCAAAUAUUGUUCUUUUUACAAGACCCUAAGCCUCAUGACUGUUAUGUGAAAGGUGGCCGAUCUCCCAAUAGGUCAUAUCAAAAUAUUCUGGAUAGGGAAUCAACGGAGACUGUGAUAUCCCCUGAUAUUGCAUCUACCAAAGUAGCACCAUCAACACUGCUUAAUUUGGGUUCUGCAGCAGCAUGUGAUGGUGGUAGUUUCCAGUUUAGAGAGAACGUCAAAAUGUCCAACCAGCCCUACUCAGACAAGAAAGCUCAGGAAAAUAUCAAUGAGGCAGAUUUUGACUUAUUAAUAUCAAGUCCGGGUGGUCAUUCUUCUUGCCCCAUUUCCAAUGAAGGAGAGACUGCUGAGGAGUUCUCGCAUGAAAGGGAAGCAUUCCCAAGCUUUGACCUUGGAUUUUGACGGGCAAUGCAUCUUAGAAGUAUGUAUAUAUUAUUUUCCUUAUCACUUAAGGAGUUAAGGAAGGCUACCAUCCUAGAUGUUUUUAUGUUCCUGCUGCAACCUUUUGGUAUACGGCAUAUACCUUAUAUCACAUAAUCAUUAAGAUUGAAAUGACAAAAGAAACAUUUCCCAUCUAUUUGUCUGCUGAAUUAGACAUGCUAUUUGUCUAUAUUAGAAAUGACAAAAGGAUGGAAGAGUUGUGAUAGUCCCGCGGCCAAGCAACACAUUGUUAUGUGCAUCUGCUGGGUACAAAUCCAAAUCCCGGUAGCCUCCCUUUGCAUUUUGCCAUUUAAAAAAAAAAAAAAAAAAGGAAGAAGCAAAAGCUUCAAUGUUA